AUCGAUAAAAAAAAAGCAAUAGUUGUAGGCGGCUGCGUCGUUCUCCCUCUCCUCCCCCUUCCAUCCACAGAAAAUGGCAUCCUUCCUCUCUCGCAGAUUACCUCGAAGCUCCUCCUCCUAAACGCUAAAAACCCUAAUCUCAGCUCCUUUACCACCCUCUUCCAGCCCAACUCUCAUCUCGGAACUCUCUCCAAACCAAUCCCCAUUCCCUCCGAUGUCACUCUCCUCUCCUCGGUUUCUCCCAACCCUAAUCCAAGCUUCCUCCAGUCCUACCCAAUUUCCCCCACAAUCCCCACCUCACUGGCUUGCAUAAGCCCCAGCAUUUAUGCGCUCAAAUCGCACUCGGAUCUCUCCAAGAUCGUAACUUUCGAACAAUCCAGCAGCCCCAAUCCCAGGAGGACCAACAGGAGCUUCUCAUCGAUCCCUCCGCAGAGCUCCUCCGAUGCCGGAGAGCCUCCCCGAUCCCCCCCUGAAUUGCAGCACCAGGAGAUCACCGGUCCCACGGUGGAGCGCGACGUCUCCGCCCUCGCCCUCCUGGGCAUCGCCCACCUCGGCCUCGGUGCUUGGAUCGCCUACGCGGUGCGGCCCCCCGACGAGGUCUCGAUCCAGGGACUCAUGGCCUUCGCCUUCCCCUUCUCGCUGGCUUUCCUCAUGCGCCGGAGUCUCAAGCCGAUCGCUUUCUUCCGGAAGAUGGAGGAGCAAGGCCGGCUUCAGAUCCUCACCCUCGCUCUCCAGGCAUCGAAGAGCUUGAACCUCCUGUUCCUGAGGAUUCGCGUGGUCUCGACUUGUUGCAUUCUGGGCAUUUCCGCUGGGUGUUUGGUCACUUUCUGGUUACGGUGAUGUUAAUUUGUGGUCAAAUGAUCUUCACCAUCUUGCUUCUGGUUUUGUUUUCUGAAUUCGGCCUUCUAAAACAUGUUGCGGGCCUGAUGGAUCUUUUGCGGUAUACAAUCAUGCCAUUUUUGAGGGAUACUUCUGCAGCAUUUUAGUUGAAAUUUUCAUCAUGUAGUUUUAAAGUUGACACUCAAGAUCCUCUGAAUGCUGCAGAUAUUUUCCGCAUCU